GUUUAUUAACAGAUGCAGUAGUGACUGCUGAAGACUUCAUAUGCCAGUUACCACUGAAAUAGUUUGUGAGGCUAUUUGAAAUCUGCUUCAAAACCAACCUGCCAAACAACCCCCAGAAGCCCUGUUGCACCAGAUUUCCCCGUGAGCUCGCAGGGAUGUUCUUUUUUUUUGACAGAAACUCGAGUGUAACUUUCCCUGGAGGAACAGAGGAUUUUUGUGAUUGUUCUUGCGGUAUUUUAAAACUGAGAAACUAGUAGAGUCUCUUCAGCCAUCAUGAGUGACUGACAACUCCGAGUUUGUGUGGGUGUGCGUUUGGAAGCUACAAGCAGCUAACGCUCACGGCAUGGGAGCCCCCAGAUGGGACUAGAUCCACGCUCCUGCGCUCCUUAUGGGGUUGAAGUCAGUGCCGAGGUGAGUCACAGCUGUGCGAAAGGUUGUGACCUGUGUUCUGAGUUCAACGGGUGCCUGAAAUGUUCCCCCAAACUCUUCAUACUGCUGGAGAGGAAUGACAUCCGACAGAUCGGGAUCUGCCUGCCAUCCUGUCCGCUGGGGUACUUUGGUGUUCGCAAUCCAGACAUGAACAAGUGCAUCAAAUGCAAAAUUGAGAACUGUGAGGCCUGUUUCAGCCGAAACUUUUGCACAAAAUGUAAGGAAGAUUUGUACUUGCACAAAGGGAGAUGUUAUUCCACCUGCCCAGAAGGCUACUCUGCUGCCAAUGGCACUAUGGAGUGCAGCAGUCCUGCACAAUGUGAACUGAGCGAGUGGGGCCCCUGGGGCCCGUGCGCCAAGAAAAGGAAGCUGUGUGGCUUCAAGAAAGGCAACGAAGAGAGAUCGCGGAAGGUUCUGCAGGCUCCCUCUGGAGAUGUGUCCGUGUGUCCUGCCACCACAGAGCUCCGGAGAUGCACCGUGCAGAAGAACCAGUGCCCUGAAGGAAAAAGGAAGAGAAAGGACGAGCAAGAAAAGCGAGAUAACACGAAUGGAAACAGAAACCAGAAAGACACCAAAGAUGCCAAAUCUGGCACCAAGAAAAGGAAAGGCCAGCAGAGAGGGACUGUGGUCCCCAUGACUCUUGCUAGCCCUGCUCAAUAGCUGCCCCUUUACAGUCACACGAUGGCAAGAGUUCAUUGCUGCUAUGUAUAUGAAAGCUUUAUUGAACCGGAGCACUGCUACACAACAUACACAAUCAGAAAGAUAGAGGGACAGACACAGAAACUACACACACACAUAUACAGACUGACAGAGACCACACACAUACGCAACAUAGACUGCAAAACGCAAACUUCAAAGAAGAGGAGUAAGAAAAUAUAAGAGAUGAAGCUUAAAUGCCAAGGACUUUACAAUGGGAAGCUGGGGAGAAAGUGUGAACCAGAGAGCAGGGCAGUGAUGCAGAUAUUCCUGAGUAAAUGUCUCAAAUAGAAGUCAGCCAUGUAAACCCCAGCAUAACGCAGCUUCAGCCAGAGACUAGAACUGAUUUGCUACUAUUCCAAAUCAAAGGAUCUGGAAUCGCGCAAAGGCAGUGGCCUGUUUCUAUUCCCCCUUCCUUUAUUUUGUGUUUUAAGCUGUAAGAGAAUAUAUGUUAAACCUUUGUGAGAAGAGAUCAGAGAUGUCUACCCUGAAAUGGCUUCAAAAAUUUAUUUCAAAUUAAAAAAAAAUCCAACAAAAUGACAACUAAAUUUCCGAGCGUGUGGUUCAUGGCUCAGCCCCUGCGAAGGCUGGUGGCCCGUGGGGCAGGGCCUCGCUUGCAGAAGGAAAACUCAUAAGAGCUUUAAGAAAAUCUCAGAAAAUGUUGCCAGCUGCAUCCUAGCCACAAAUCAGUCGUCAUUCACUUUCACAAUCCCUGUCUGUGUUCAGUAAGCCCUGUCAGGAAUUUCCCAUCAUGCAGCAAGCUGAGAAAAUUAGAGGUUACAGCAAACCACCGGUUGUUUGACACUGCGAUUCUGACGACAGUCGCAGCUGAAAGGAUUCUGUGCUGAACUGAGGAAGGUGCUGGUCCCUUUGUUCAGACUCCUCCCAAACCUAAUGGAGAAAGUGCACUUCAGUCUCUGCAGGGAGAAAAGGGCACAGAACCUUUACAUCCAUUAGAAAACCAUUCAUCUGCAUGUCGCCAGUUGGACUGGCUUAGAAUUAGCAUCAGCACUCUCUAGGUCUCCCUACUCUUUAGCAAAGAUUUAAUCCCCCAUGUGAAAUUUGCCACUGUGCAGCACAAGGCCUGUGGCCCACAGGGCUUCCAAGAGGCUGAAGCAGCACACACUUUGCACAGCCUCUGUGUACAGGGUGAAUUUUACCCAAAGCACUGUACUCAGGCUUAUCCAGUGGUGCAAGCAGAGAGGUCCGAUCUGGUACACAGUACCAGUAAGCUAUUUAUAGCCGGUCCGUCAUACUGGAAAGACACAAGAGGAGCAGAACGGCGGCCCCACACCAGCAGCUCUGCCAGUGCGGCUGUACCGCCCCCAGCCCUUCCAUGCAGCUGUGUCUAGCACAGGGGUCAGCAACCUUUCAGAAGUG